CCAAAUGCCCUGGUACGGCCGAGACUAGGGAGAAUCCGCUCUCCCUCUCGAAAUACUCUCACAUGGCCACGCGUAUAUAGCCUCUGCCAGGGAAAUCCUACUCGCUGAAUUCUCGUGGCAUUACUGUUGUUUACGAAAUUCAGAGGACAAAAACCGAAUGUCUGGCGCUUUAACCGGGUCGGCGGACAUGGAGAGUCCACCUAGAGGAGUUGGAAAACCCUGAUUCCAAACCAAUGGUGCACAUGGGCUACAGUAUCCUGAAGAAACAAAUGGCAUAUGAACCAAUCGUUGGUCGCCGGCUACCAUGGGACUACAUCUCCUUACGAUGCUCCACUGCCUUGUGGAUCAGGCCUGUAGGUCGAAGGUUCUGGAUGUGGCCUCCUAAGAAAACUACCUGCUUCGGUUUGGGCACCAGGGCAGUAUCACAGCCCUCACACAUAUCAAGUAAGAUCUGUGUGGCUCAUAUGUAUUUGGUGCCUUUUUGUACCCAUAUCUAUGUGAUAAAAUAAAUAAAUAAACAACAAAAACGCCAGGGUACUUUAAGAAUGGUUACGCGUAAUCAGUUAACGAAUAAAUCAAAAUCAUAUGACUAUGAUACCAAUGAAACCCAAACAUAGUCUGUUAGUUUGGUUCCAGGGUCCAUGACCGACUUUCCGUAUCUUAAUGCAUUCAGAUUGAUACAAGGACUCAUGAAUUUCGCAGGAAUUAGUGUUUAUGUUAUGAAAACUUCCUAGCAGAUGUAAAAGGAAACAUGGCUUUUCUAUAUAAAUGGAGUACGAUAAAGAUACGAGGUAUAGUAUAGUAUCUGAACCGCAUCUGAAUUUGAUAGUCAGCGUUACACUUACCUUCACUAUGUGCAGCCUGUUUCUGAAAAAAAUUCGAAGAAAUUACAGGAGUAAAGCUGGUGAUUCAGACGAUGAGCAAAGUCAGGAGUCUGAAAGCUUAUAUGAUGAAGCCGUUAAAGAAAUAACGUCUCAAAUUAAACCUGAUGUAUCGUCAAUCAAGAAGAACAAGAGCGUUUUAAGUUUCGAGGAUGAUCUUGACCCAGAUGAUGGUGACACAUUCAAAGUUAAGAAAUCUUCAAUGAGUCGUAAGAUUACUAAACAAACGAAAGAAAGUAAAAAGAAGAAAAACCAUGGAAAUGAUGGCUUAAAGAUAGUCGGUGACUUUCAUAAGAAUUUAGUUUCAUAUGAGGAAAGCUCUCCUGAUCCCGAAGAAAAUCUUGAGAAUUUAAGAAAAGAAUUAUUGAAUUUAGCCGAAGAUGAAACAACUUCUGAAGUAGUUCCAUCUGUGAAAUCCGAACCCAGCAAUGUGACUUCAAUGAUAAAGCAGGGUGUAAUCCCUGAUGCGGCAACAAUACAUUUGGCUCGUAAACAACGUGAGAAAGCUAAAAGUCUCAUUGAAUCAUCUGAUCAUUCACCUACCUAUUAUUCAUCUAGUAAAAAUGAUGGUAAACGUUUAGUGAGAGAAGAUGAUGACGAUGAUGAGUUGAAUGAUGAUGAAGAUGCCAAUGAUAUGACAACUGUCUCAUUUUCAAACUCUGCUAGUGAAAUGAGACCAGUUUUUGUUGUCAGUAAAGACCGUGAAACUUGUAGUAAACGCGCAGUUAUAGGUGCUCGUUUAAAUCGUCGUGAAGAAGAAUUGAAAUGCAUUCGAGAAGAUUUCAUGGCAGCUGAACAUGGUAGUGAUCGAGACAGUGAUCAAGAGAUUGAAUGGGAAAGACAACAACUUCAAAAGGCUAUUAUUAAUCAAAAUCCUGCUGUUUUAGAAGCUAUUCAACCAAUUCUUGGUACUGAAGAUUCUAAUAAUACUACAACAUCUGCAGAUAGUACUAUACUUGAUGGAUUAAAUGUUACAGAUAUAACAUUGCCAAAAUUAAAAGAUAAUUUACAAGAGAAAUACAAUAAGUUGAAUGAAUCACUAACGAAGCAUAAAACAUCAUUAGAAGAGGCGAAACGUGAUUUAGAACGUGGCAAGAUAAUAAUUGCAGAUGCUCGUGAAAAACUUCCUAACUUAGCAAAACAAUUUAUGUUCUAUCAAGAAAUGAAAGAUUAUAUUGAUGAUUUAAUAUCUUGUUUUAAUGAAAAGAUGUCAAAAAUAGAAUAUCUAGAGAAACGUUCUAUUAUAAUAUUUCGUGAACGUUAUGACAAAUUAGUUGAACGUCGACGUAUGGAUAUGAAAGAUAUGGCGGAUACAGUAUCUCAGCCAACUAUAUCAUCUACAUGUACAUCUAGAACACCUGAAGAAGUAAAAAUUAUUGAAGCCAGACGUAAAAGAUGUGCUGAACGAGAAUCCCGACGAAUACGGCGUCAACGUGCUAGAGAAUUACAAAAUCCUAAUGUCAUACAAGUUCACAUUGAUGGAACUAGUACGGAUGAUGAAGAACCACAGGCUACAAUUGUUAAACGUUCAGCUGAUAUAGACGCUUUACUAGUAGAUGCAAAUGCUUUAUUCGAAGAUGUUGUUGAAGAAUUUUGUGAAUUACCAUUAAUCCUUGAAAGAUUUAUAGAAUGGCGUAAUAAAUAUCCUGAAUCAUAUCAACAAGCUUAUGUAUCAUUGUGUUUACCACAAUUAUUUAGUCCUAUAAUACGAAUUCAAUUAAUCGGUUGGAAUCCUUUAAGUAAUCAUGCUGAUCCGAUUGAAGAAAUGAAAUGGUUUCAAGAUUUGUUAGACUUUUGUAACCUUCCAUCAGUUGACAAUAAUAAAAAUACAAAGUCAACUAUUUCAAAUAGUAAUAAAACCGAUAAAAGCAAUAAUAAUAAUGAAAAUAAAAAUCCCAGCAAUAAUAAUAACUUGGAUAAAACUGCUGGUAAUCUUGAUGAUGAUCUUCGUAUAAUACCAAAGUCAAUUGAAAAGAUUGUUUUACAACGAAUAAAUGAACUAGUCUGCGCUUCAUGGGAUCCUUUAUCAGAGAAACAAUCUUUACAACUUGUCAAUUUAAUGCAUAAUUUAUGUUCAACUUAUCCAACGAUUUGUAUUGGUAGUCGUCCAACAGAAAAAUUAUUCACUUCCAUUGUUAAACGUAUUGAAAAUACAAUACAAGAAGAUAUUUUUAUACCACUCUAUUCAAAAACUCUAAUGCAACAUCGUCAAGGUCCAGCUUUCAUAUUCUUCGAACGUCAAUUUAACAUGGGAUUAAAGCUCUUAAAAAAUAUUCUACUAUGGUCAAAUCUAUUGAGUAUAGAUACAUUAAAACAUAUUACUCUUACUUGUUUAAUAAAUCGUUAUCUUUUAGUUGGAUUAGCUUGUUUAUUAUCAGUUGUUACACUUAAAUCAAAUGAUGAUAAAUCUAAUCUCAUAAUGAAUUCAUCAUUUCCAACUAGUUUAUCAUCAAUUGAUCAAUCAGGUUCAUUAGCUUUUCGUGAUGCUGUACAAAAAUUAAAAAUGAUAGUUGAUUUAUUACCUCAUGAAUGGUUGAAAUCAUCAAGUCCUUCAGUAAAACAAGAUGAUAAUAAUAAUAAUAAUAAGGAUGAUGAUCGUGAUGAUGAUGAUGAUGAAUCUUCAAGAAAAGUAUCAUUCACUGGAAUUUCAGAUCCACUUAAUCAAAUUAAAAGAUUUUUAACACAACUACUAGAAAAUAUACCACCGACUCGAAUGUAUACAGAUAUUACUGUUGGUCAAGCAGAUAUUCAAAUCAUUGAACGGGAAUGCAUGGGAACUUUGUUACAACUAAGAGAUUUAUUGAAGAAUUAA